GGCGUCGGUGUUGUCAAAUGAUAAUGAUAGCUAAUGAUAAUGAGCUUGUGACAGCUCGUGCACUUGGUGCACUCGUGAGCUUGUUUAGCAGGACCGAUGUAAAACGCAGGUUUGAUGUAAACAUUUCUGUUCUACCGGCUGUAGACAAACAUGGCGGAAGAUCGUGAAGUCUUACGAGAGAUUUGGGAUGGGCGCCUUCCGGUGUGUUUCAAGCUCGCCGAAGAGGAAGUAUACACGAUGCAGCAGCCUGAACCUUAUUACCUAAUGAUUUCGAGGAUAAGCUACUUUCCCCUAGUGGUUGACAAGGUCCAUAAGCACUUCUCCAGGCAUGUCGAUGAGCGAUACCAUGGAAAUGAAAUGUGGCUUGAAUACAACGGUCAACCUUUGAAAUGGCAUUUACCCAUUGGUGUACUUUAUGAUUGUAAUGCUAGUGAUUCCAUUUUACCGUGGGGUAUCACAGUUCACUUUCAGGAUUUUCCCGAGAAGCAAAUAUUACACUGUGGAAGUCGAGCCGUGGUUGAAUCGCACUUCAUGUCUGCCAUCAAGGAAGCAGACAUGCUAAAGCAUCGCAGCCAAGUGGUCAGCACUAUGCAGAAGAAAGACCACAAUCAGCUUUGGGUAGGACUACUUAACUCAAAGUUUGACCAGUUCUGGGCCAUCAACAAGAAAUUCAUGGAACGCAUUGGUGGAGAGUGCUUCAAGCACAUACCUUUUCGCCUGUAUAUGCCUGAUGGCAGUCUUAUCCAAAGGCUAGUCACACCAUUGACACCCUCUGGCGACAAGGCAACUCUAGAGACCUUAUUGCAGCAAGUGGCCCCUCAGGUUCUUGUAGGAGGUGACAUGGUGAGUUUUCUGAUAUCUUCAGAUGGAGCCAAACACAGCAUCAUCACGCAUGGGAUCCAGGUCCCCCUGGACACACCUCUUCAGUGGAUGAGUGAACACCUCAGUUACCCAGACAACUUUCUGCACUUGUGUGUCAUGCCGUGCUCAUAGUGAAAGCUUCGAGUGCACAUCAGUGAUAUUUCUCAAACUCUUCGGCUAGUCGGGGGGGUGGGGGUUGUUGUGUGGGUGCAGAAAAGGUUUAUAACGGCUAAUAGAUAUCAUGUGCGAAUUAUUUGAUUUGAAUGCCUUGUACUUUCUUCUAGACUGUGCAUACAUUUUGCAUGCAUAUAUGUACCUACUGUUAUAAUUAUGAAUUGGGCUGUAAAAAAAAAUGAAAUUCUCAUCAGUCAAGGUACAUGCUUUUCUUGUCAAUAUUACAGACUCUUCUUGUAUUAGCAUGCUCGACUGUUUGCUCAGAGCACAUCGACAGUACUACAAUGGGUGUAUCAAGCAGCAACAAAGCUUUGUUCGGAAUUUAGUUUCACUACUCUAGUUAGACUCUCAUUCUUAAGUGCAUACACUUAAAAAUAUUGCUCGAUUGCUAUCAUACUCAGCCUUGUAGUGCCACAGGAGCAUAUUGAAACUAGUUGAACAUGUGGUUGUGCAUUCAGUGCUAAUGCUUGUUGGAUGUCAUUCCUUGGUCAUGCAAGGCAAAUGACUGCACUGCCAGUAAUGAAAAGUAGGUAGGUCUAACUUGAUUUUGGUUAUGUCGCUUGUGUGCGACGUCACCAUUGUGCAAUUUUGCCAAAAACGAGUCGUCUCCAACUUUUUUUAUUGUUACGCUGUGAGGUUGAUGUCCCCCCACUAUGGCGUGCCUCAUGAUCCUAUUGUGGCUGUGGCACGUAAAACCAUGGAAUUUAUUUUUUUGUGUGUGUGCUGUAAGGCCUACUUAUUUUUUACAGUGCAAUGCCCAGCAAUGCUUGAUGAAUUGUGUGCAGCUUCUCACAACUUCACUAUCGCAGGAGUCUGUUGCAGCACCAUUCAUACUCUUGGAGCAUAGCUUGCUUUUCUUUAAAGUGGUAUUUGUAGAAUGUUGCAGAGCAAGCUUGGAAAGAUAUGCUGCUAGAGCCAAUAAUAUUUGGCCUCAAGGUAGUAGUCAUGGGAUAUGCGUAGCAUAAGAACGCAGUUCCAUUCAUGCAUCGUUUUUGAAAUGACACAAGAAAUAUUGUCUUAUGUAGUGGGUGCAAAUACUCAAUUUACAAAGCUGAAUGUGAAACUUUCAGUUACCAUCUAGCAGCAAAUCUUGUUUUGAUAACGUUUGAUAAGUGUGACAGAAAAUCCUGCAUGUAAUACGGACCCACACAUAACAUGAAGGGCAAUUUUGGGGCCGCAAAAUUUUAAUGGAUUUAUUUGCACAUACCCAAUAACUAAACAAUGUUUAUCUAAUCUUAUUUUAAACACUGUAAAAUUUUCACAGUUGAAUAUAAAAUGAGAAGCAAAUUUUACGUGCCAACAGCCUGAACAAAGCCACAUUGUAUGUGGAAUUUAUGGUAAUGGCAGUGUUCAAGCACACACAAGGUUUUAUUCGUAUAUGAUCGUGUUUGUGUCUUCUAUUAGAAAUGAAAAGUGACUGUUUAGUAUGAACUGUUAUUUUAGAUCAUUACAAAAGUAUGCAUGAUAGCUGAGGCAGUUAUGACCACAUGGUGGUUUAAUGAUUUAUUUAGAAAUACGUUUUAAAGAAGUUUUGUGUCAUCUGUAUGUGCUUUUCAAAGAUUGUGUCUGUACGUGCGUUCAAAGAUUGUGUGUUUGUGUGUACAUGAUUUUUCAUAAUUUAUUAACUGUCAUAAUUUAGAUGAGAAAGGUUGUUUGUAGUGGACAUUGUGGUUGUAAAAAUAAUAAAAACAAAAAGGCUUGCACAUUGAUAUGAGCCAAAUGAA